CCCACAUGUGACCAAAUUUGAUGAAAUUGUGCGCGGAUGGGUGAUCAAUAUUUCUGUGAAAACCGUAUUUUUCAACAUUUCCUGGAAUAUUUUGCUCUUUAAAAAAUAAUUUUUUAUGCUGUGCCAUUGUUUGUAAAUUGGGGUGGUUACUUAAUUGCUAUGGGAGAAGGAGCAGUGGUCGCAGUGGUGGUGGAGUGGACGGAGUGGAAUUUGACUUUAAUUUAAUUUAAGGACAGGAGCCGAGUAAGGUGACAUUUUUGUAUGCUCGAAAUAGUCUCAAAAAUCUGACUUGAAAUGGCCGACUGUGUUUCUCCCUACUCUACCGUGGCUUCUGGAGGAACGCCUGGAUUCGUUAUAGCAAUUGGAGACAGAUUGGUCAACAUAAAGGAUACCAUUAAUCGAUGGCUGCCCUACGAACCGGUCAUAUUAAUUGGCGGAACUGCCAUUAUCAUUCAUGGAAUCCACUAUUUUGCCAGUAGGAUUCCUAGAGAUGGAACCGUUGCUGGAGUAAAGCGAACAUUCUUCAAAGCCGUCAAGACAAUUCCAUUCGUGCGGAGGCAGAUUGCCAAAGAGAUUUCCAAGACAAAGGAAGAAAUUGAAGCCGGUAUGGCGGACCUCUUCAGAGGGGAUAAACAGGAGAUUUCCUUUAUCACAAAAAUUCCAUGUGAUGGUCUCGAUCGUCAAGAUAUUAUCAACAUGGUGGCUGAAUAUCUUGAAUUAGGUCAUUAUAAAUGGGACGAGGGAGCUGUUUCGGGAACUGUGUAUCACGGAGGCAAGGACUUGACUGAACUGAACGCUAAAGUUUAUCAAAUGUCGACCUGGACCAAUCCCCUUCAUCCUGACGUAUUCCCUGGAGUAUGUAAAAUGGAGAGUGAAAUUGUCAGGAUAUCCGCUGACCUGUUUCAUGGAGAUAGUGAUACCUGCGGGACGGUGACCUCCGGAGGUACUGAAUCGAUAAUCCUAGCAGUGAAAGCUUAUCGAGAUUACGCAAUGAAAGAACGUGGUAUCCUUCACCCUGAAAUAUUGGUCCCCGUCACUGCUCAUGCAGCAUUUGACAAAGCAGCUAUGCUACUGAAUAUUGGGAUUAAACACGUCCCUCUUGUUGAGAGUAGUUGUACCGUCGACAUUAAUGCGAUGAGAAAGAUGAUUACGAAAAAUACCGUGAUGCUCGUCGGCUCUGCACCUGCUUUUCCCCACGGUUGCAUCGACAAUAUGGCAGCCAUAGCAGAAAUGGGAGUGAAAUAUAACAUUCCGGUCCAUACGGACGCUUGCCUUGGAGGAUUUUUACUUGCAUUCAUGCCAAGUGCUGGGUUUUCAAUUCCUGACUUUGAUUUCAAACUACGUGGAAUUACCAGCAUUUCUGCAGAUACCCACAAGUAUGGAUUCGCUCCAAAAGGAUCUUCAGUGUUGCUGUUUAGUGAAAAGAAAUUCAAGCACUACCAAUACUUUGUUACUCCUGAUUGGCCAGGUGGUUUGUACGCAUCCCCAACUCUUGCUGGAUCUCGUCCCGGGGCCAUCAUUGCUGGAUGUUGGGCAACCCUUAUGUAUUUUGGUAUGGCUGGUUAUAUCGAAACUACCAAGAAAAUUGUUACCACGUCACGUUGGAUCGAACAGAGACUAAGGAAAGUGCCUGGAGUUUAUGUAAUGGGCAGCCCACAAGUCAGCGUGAUUGCUCUUGCUUCAAAGCACUUUGACAUUUACCGUUUGCAAGAGGCCCUUACUAAAAAAGGUUGGAGUAUGAACGCCCUUCAAUUUCCGUCCAGCAUCCAUUUUUGUUUGACGUACUGCCAAACUGAGCCUGGCGUUGCUGAAAGAUUUGUAAAAGACGUAGAAACGACUGUGGCUGAAAUCAUGAAAGAUCCAAAUGCUCCUUCUACUGGCCAAGCUGCAAUAUACGGAACCAGCCAAACAGUUCCUGAUCGAUCCAUCAUCACUGAAAUAACUGCAAUAUACAUGGACGCUUUAUACGAAACAGAUUUUAAUUCAUCUUGCCCACAAUUGGCAAACGGUAGUCAAACUGACAACAAAGUUAAGAAAGGGAGUGACAAGCGAGGAAAAGGUAAAAAGGGAACAAAAUAGUGAUAAUAAAAGUGCUCAAACUAAAAAUCUAUGCUUUUUAUUUAUGAUGACAAACUUAUUUUCUCUAAUGAAUUAUUUUUGAUUUGCAAUUGCAAAGUUUGUAAAGCAUAUUAAAUCACUUAUUCAUGUGAUAAUCGUUCUAGUUCAAAGAUAAGACCUAUACAUAGUUAGUUACCUAAAGUGUCUAUUUAAAUAUUUAGUUAGUAGUAUGUAUCAUGUCACAUUUGACUUACUUUAAUCAUUCCUAUUCUUAUUAUAUCGCUGCAUUGAAUGAGAGCAUUAAAUCAAGAUGCAGUUAUACACUUCAUAAAAAUUUGAAUAAACGAGUUCUAGUUCCAUACA